UGAAAGUCAUAGCAGUAGUGGGUCACACAGUGUUCUCAUCACUUGUUCACGAGGUGUCGAGUCGAACGCUCUUAAAUCGAUCAUAUUUCAUUCGCGUAUUUUCUAAGCAUAAUAUAAAUAAAAAAUAAAGAAUCAAAAAGCUAUGAAUUUUCGUAUACAUAUUCGUGAUACGGUUUCGUGAUGAUUUCAAAGAAGUUUUUCAAUGGAACGUGAAUUUGAAAUGGAACGUUAAUUAAAAAAUGAAAUGAUUGUGAUCCAAACUGACAUAACUUCUUUCAAAAUUGAAAAACGAUGGAUGAUAUCGAAAAAUUCAAUUUAUCGUUAUUUUCGAUGAGAGAUUUUAUUUAUUCUGUAGUGUGUGUUCACGAUUGAAAGAAUUAUUAUUAAAUCGAUAACGAAAAGCAAAAGAAAUUAUCUUUCUACUCUUAUAUUUGCUCUUCGUUAAUUUGAUCAAUUUGUUUGCACAAUAACGAGAGAAAGAAAUUCAGUAUUUAAGAGGCAUGAAUAUAUCAAGCCAUUACGUGGUAUCUUUAAAAAAUCUUACGAAUCUGGAUGAAUCCGAGUAUUUGCAAAACAAACUGGGUUUGAAGCAUUUACCACUUCAACUCGUUUUACCUAUCACUUUUGCUUACGUUAUCAUCUUCGUUACCGGUGUUUUCGGGAAUAUCAUGACAUGUAUUGUUAUUAAGAAGAAACCAACGAUGCAAACCGCUACGAAUUAUUAUCUCUUUAAUUUGGCCAUCUCGGAUCUUCUCUUAUUGGUUCUAGGAUUACCCAAUGAAUUGAGCAUAUUUUGGGAACAAUAUCCAUGGCAAUUAGGAUUGUGCAUGUGUAAAUUGCGAGCCUUUGUGUCCGAGAUGUCUUCUUACGCAUCGGUGCUUACAAUAGUGGCAUUUUCCUUGGAAAGAUAUUUGGCAAUUUGUCAUCCUUUGCAUCUCUACACAAUGAGUGGUUUAAAGAGACCUAUAAGAUUCAUUCUCGGUGUCUGGCUAGUGGCUUUGAUCUUUGCAAUACCAUUUGCCGUUUACACCACCGUCAACUAUAUCGAGUAUCCGCCAGAAUCAGGAAGAUACUCGGAGGAUUCAGCAGUAUGUGCGAUGCUUUUAGAAAAUAUGCCAGACUUUCCUCUUUACGAGUUAAGCUGCUUAAUAUUCUUUCUCAUCCCCAUGGUGUUUAUAGUGGUUCUCUAUGUACGAAUGUGUCUCCGAAUACAAAGAAACACGCUUGGUCGCAGUAUCGAGGGUUCGGUCCAUGGUGAGACGAGACAAGCGCACUCACGAAAAGCUAUCGUACGCAUGCUUAUCGCCGUUGUGAUAAUGUUCUUCGUUUGCUGGGCACCAUUUCAUGCACAACGAUUGCUUUACGUCUAUCGAACGUCGUACUUCGACGAUAUAAAUGAAUGGUUGCAUCCGUUGAGUGGGUGCCUUUAUUAUUUCAGUACCACCGUUAAUCCGAUUUUAUAUAAUGUGAUGAGCGCAAAAUACAGGAUGGCAUUUAAAGAGACAUUAUGGUGUUCGUCUGUCAAUCUUUCUACGCCAUCGGACGGUAAUAAUAGCGUCACGGUUUAUGAUUGUGAAACUGGGAAAGAAUUUCGUAUGCUGCGUGUAAGGAGUUCUCGUUACAAAAGGAGUAUCAGGAGAUAUGAUUCGAGCGAACAAGCAAACAUUUUACAACGAUCUUUAAAGAAUUUGCAUAGGAAUAACGAGGACGAUGGGAGAAGUUCUCCAACCGAGACUUUCAUCGAUGAUGAUCCAUCGAUCAUCGCAUCGAUAGAACUUACGAAAUCAUCGCUGGUUGUACAAUCGUACAACGGACGAGCGAAAUGUUGGACGACCAAAAAGGAAAGGACCUCUUCAAAGGAGACGCAUAUUUGAUCCGGACAUUAUUUUCUUAGACGCAAGAAUUCGUUCUAUAAGUUUAUUCUACAGACGGAAGAAAACUAAUGAAGAUAGAUAAAUCGGAUGAGGUUUUCUUUUAACUCCCAAUGGAUAUUCGGUAUUUCGUAUGAAAGAUGAAAUUUGUUUUUUCUUUAUGAAUAUUGAUAGUUAAUGUAAAAUUUUUUUAAAGAUAUUACGCUCGUACAAAUGCGCUCGGAAUUUUCUAAUAAAUACGAAGAACGACCGAUUAAAAUUUAUUAAAUUGUUGACAAUUAUUUAUGUUUGCAGAUCAUAUUUUAAGUACAAGAAAACUAAUGUAUCUUUUAUGCUCGUUCACGUAAAUCGAAGGAUUAAUCGUAUACCGUAAAUAUAAAAUUUUUAUUUGUUAGAUAUACCAUUCAAUAAUCGUAUAUACAUAUACGUGUAUAUACGAUAUUAUAUUAUCUCUAUUUUGACAAUUAAAUAGCAAUCAUUUUUCACUUCCAUAACUGUAAUAACAUAUCGAAUGAUAAAGAGAAUUAAACAAUACUGCAAAAUUACAUUGUGUGACAGUCGAAUAUGUACGUACAUGUAAAUGUUUUAUGCUGUAAAUAUACACUGCUUCUCUAACAAGUGUAUUCUCCUAAAUAAAUG